GCACACAACAAUCUCAACACAGACUCAACACACUGCACACAACAACCUCAACACACUCGGACUCAACACACUGCACACAACAAUCUCAACACACUCGGACUCAACGCUGCACACAUUCAAUAAACUCAACAACAAUUACAACACACUGCACACAUUCAAUAAACUCAACAAACUCAGUACACACUUAAAUUCAACACACUCAAAUUCAACACACACAACAAUCACAACACACUGCACACAUUCUAUAAUCUCACCACAUGCACACACAACAAUCUCAACACACACGACAAUCUCAACACACUCAUCACACAUUCUAUAAACUCAACAAACUCGGUACACACUCAACAAAUUCACAAACAAACCACCUCAGCUCCCAGUAAACUCAACACACACUCAACAACCUUAGGACACGCUCACAACAAAUUCAACACACACAAAUUUAACACACACAGCAACCUCAGCAGUGGGUACUGCGAACAUGGCAAUAAUGCAGGUAAUGCAACUUUUCUGUCAUGUUGGCCCACUAAGUUUAAACGCUGUCUGUAAUGAGUCCUGUUUUGUUUUGUUUGACAUUUUUACGUAACUCGUUCGCCGUGAAUAAAAACAAACAUGGUCGGACAAGACAUGCGGCAAACUCUGUGCUCAGUAGAGCCACGUUGAAAUGAAGUGUUAGCGAACUAGCUAAGCUCUAGCGCUCAGGGACACUUGUAUAACGUGAAUCUCGCAACUAUACUUUCUACCCAGGAACAGUAGAUCGGCGGUAAAGAUGGUUAAGAUCUUUGUCGGCAACCUUUCCUCGAGUGCGACCAAAGAAGACCUGCGCAGUCUUUUCUCGCAGUAUGGCAAAGUCGCGGAGUGCGACGUGCUGAGAAACUUUGGCUUUGUGCACAUGGAUACGCAAAAGGAAGCCGAGGAGGCUGUGCGUAAACUCCACCACCACGAACUGAACGGCCAGGCCAUCAAUGUGGAGAUGAGUCGAGGGAAGCCCAAAGGAACCACCAAACUGCACGUAGGCAACAUUAGCAGUAGCUGCACUAAUCAGGAGCUGCGUGAGAAGUUUGCGGAGUUCGGCUCUGUGGUCGAGUGCGACAUUGUGAAGGAUUAUGCCUUCGUGCACAUGGAGCGAAGGGAAGAUGCGAUGGAGGCCAUCAGUGCGCUGGACAACGCGACCUUUCAAGGCAAGGUGAUAAAUGUACAACUGUCCACCAGUCGCCUCCGCACCGUGCCUGGCAUGGGAGACAUAACCGGCUGUUACGUCUGCGGAGAACCCGGUCACUGGUCCAAAGCCUGCAGGCGCGGUCAGAACGGUAGCUAUGGCGGUGGCGGCGGCGGCGGCAGUCCCAUGGGGGGAAUCCGUGCUACCAGCGGUUUCCCUAGGGCAGGUCCUGCUUAUAGCAGUGGAGUCCCUGCAGCAUUCCCCAGCCGGAGCUAUUCAGCAACACUGCCCCCUAUCCCCACAGUGAGCUACACCCCCAGCUACGGGAUUUCACGAGAUUAUACUGCGGAAACACGGUACCUCAGCAAACCGACGGCUGUCUACACCGAGAGAUCCAUCACAUACGAGCGUGAUCCGUCACGCUAUGCCGCUGAAUACUAUGAGAAGUUUCGAGCUCAGCCUUUGGGUUCUAGCUAUCUCGAGGAUAGACGUAUCUCCAUUCCCCCUCCUCCCCCUCUCUCUUCUUCCUCUCUCUCAAGGAUGCGGUUGGCUCCUUCCAGCCUUGACCCGUAUGACAGACGCGCUCUGCCGCCGCCGUCCUCCGCGGCCUCGGCGUACUUCUCGCGGGACCGUAGCCCGAUCCGAAGAGUCGGCGCCGGCUCUGAGGGCUACUCGUACGAGCGCUCGCGUCUUUCCCCGGUUUCGAGGAGCAGCUCGUACAGCGUGUCGCAUUCCAGGGACACCCCCACUGACCGGGCUCGGUAUAAUUACUAAGCCGUGCGCAUGCCAAGGCACUUUGAAACAGCAGGAAUUUCUUGUAGCGAUCAUUCCCUCCCUUCAACAACUUUUGGUCAACAAAUGUCUCUGGAGGAGCGAUUGGAUUCGAAGAAAGCAGGACCGAGAAGACACGCGAACCCGUUAUCAUUUAACGUCGCUUUCAGCUUACGAACGUGUGAAAAAACAUAUUACAGCUACGUAGUCUUUUCUGCAUUGCCCAGCAACCAUUAUAAUCCUCUCACUUAUCAUUUUUCUCGCAUGUUUGCUUUUCAGUUUUAGCUGAUUUUUAUUUAAUUUCUUUUUCUCUUUUAAAGUUUUCCACACAUUAAGAAACAGAUUGUUUUUGAGCAGAUGUGAUUUACCGGUUCACAGCCAGAUUCAAGAUUUAGUUUCAUUUAGCAACAUUACAUGUCCUGUGAUGACAAUCUGUUUUAGUUCUUUAUGUCCGUUUCAGCAUUUUACAAGCUUUAUGGAGAAAAUUUACCCCAAAAGAAACAUUCCUGUUACCUUCAUUCUUUAUCAUUGGCUUGCCAUUCGCUCGAUGUCAGGGCUUCUCUCAGGAGCAGGGAGCUGAACCAUUAACGCCAAACAAACCGAGAUGAUCAAACAGCGGCAAGGUUCUGGAUUUGUGGGGUUUGGAGUUUGACUAGAUUUAAAGUAGAGUAUAUGAAUUGUGUAUGUGAAAUGGCAAAUAACGGAUUAUUUUUUAAAUCCACAUGCACAAAGGAUAUUUAGUAAGAGAAAAUGCAUUGUUGCAAGCUAAUUUUUGAUUAUUUGACAAAUCUGGUACUUGUGCAGAGUUUGCCUCAUGGCAGUAUAUGGUAAAAAGUUGAUAUAGAAAUGUAUAUAUCUAUAAGAGUAAAAGAAGGUCGAAUAAAUAUAGAAAAGUGACGACCAACUGUUACUCAGGGCUCCGUUUGCCUUUGAGACUACUGGUGUGUGGAUUUUCUAUAUGGGCGCCUUGGUAAGAUCUGUUUAUACAGACUUUUCGAUUUCCUUCAAGAAAUCAUUUGUGUUUUAUAAAUUUUUUUUUUUUUUAAUAAACCAAGAUGUUCUGGUGGAAAAAAAAAGUGCUGUGUGUAUUUUAUGGAUGAAAAGUAAACAAUAAUGAACCUA